UGGUGGGAAGUACACAGGGCUGCAGCGGGUGCGACAGUGUCGCGCAAAUCUCGUUGAAUCCGAGACGCGUGCAAAACGCGAAGUAGCGCGAGUACAACUCUCCACAAGACGAAGACUUAAAAAAACUGAACUGUAUUUUAAAAUUUUAGAUUUUUAAUUCCAAAUAAAUAAUAAAAGUUUUUAGUGUAAAUUAAGAGUGAAGUUAUUUACGAGAAGACUUAUUGUUUAUUUGCGAAUGCGGUAAAAGAACAUUUCCAUGCAUCACGAAAAUCAACUAGUGAGAAUACAUGCGGGGGAUUGGAUAACAAAACAUUUUCCCACGUAGGACUCGCCCUCGUGUGGAAAAACAGAUUUAUUUUGAACUGCAGCAACAUAACACGGCAAAAUGCAGUUCGUACGCUCCUUCUUCAAAAGGAUCACAGAUGAUCUCAAACAAAAGAAGCUUAUACCUCUUAAAAUACUAUUUUUCGUUCACGCUUCAACUUUGCUCGUCUUGUACCCGUACCUCACAAUACAUAUGCGAGAGCUUGGCAUCAAUGUGGAAGAGACGGCCAUCAUGUCUGCAGUGACUCCGGUCGUCUCUAUAGUGAUGCCCCCUCUCGCCGGCAUGCUGGCUGACAAGAUCGGAAACUUCAGGUUACUCUUAGCAUUAUUCUCUGCACUCGGCGGGGCUUCAGCGCUAUUCCUGCUAGCUGUUCCAGUGGGGCGCAUCACCGUGACGUUUCCCCUUAACGUUGACUUGCUGGCGUCGUGUGACAGUGGCUCCCUACGUCUGCAACAAGUUCGAGACCAUCCUUGCAGCCCCCUUCAUCCUUUUGCGUACGAUGUCAACCUUACAGUGUUAUCGUGCGGUUUUGUUUGCGAGUUACCACAUGGAAUUUCUUCAGAAGAAAUAGAGGCUAUUGUCCAUGCAAACUCGUACGACGUGCAUUUGAAAUCACAAACUGAGUCACAGCGCCUUGUGUACCGCAACACGGUUUCCUCAUUGUUAGCUCGGAAAGAAAGGCCGAUAACAGACCAGAGUACAUCGCGAAUUAUGAUUAAUGAUCCCUAUUUUAACUCCACUGCGACUAAAGCGGCUGGUAAUAGAAUAUUCUUUCCUUCGCCGCAACUGUAUCAAAUAGAUUGUUAUCAUGAGGGAAACAAUGCCACGUGUUUAUUUGGAAAAAAGAACUACAUCAAUGAUUCUAUCGAAGAAAUCAAAGAAAUGAAGAUGUUUCGUAUUCGAAUAACUCACGACGCUCAGAAAAAUGCUGCGGAAGUUCGAAAUUAUUGGGUGAAUGCUAUAUCUCUAAGCAAUGAUACAAAAUUAGAUGAAGACUACGAAGGAAUUGACUCAACAGUGUGUAAAAACAAUUUUGAUGAGAAAGUCGAGGGUGACACUGUCUGGGUAAACGCAGCAUUGAAGACUCUGACCAAGUGUUCGGUCGCUUGUGCAGCGACGGCACCUAGAAAAAGCCUUUGUGAUAACCAUGAACAGCAGAUUGAGUUGGACCCAUCAUUAACCUUUUGGGCUUACUUGGCUGUUCGUGUAUUCAUCGGAAUCAUCGGCGGCACAGCAUUCGCUAUGUUUGAGGGAGCAGUGAUUGCGAUCGUGAGGGAUCAGAAGGCAGACUACGGCCUUCAGAGAGUCUAUGGCAGUAUAGGCGGCAUGAUUUCUUCGCCGCUCUCCGGAUUACUUAUUGAUUAUGCUAGUAGAGGGAAAGGGUAUACAGAUUUCAGGCCCGCUUUUUACCUGUAUGCAGUUCUGAAAGUCCUCUCCGGUGUUUUGAUGCUGAGUAUCGAUCUUGAGUUCAAACAGCCCGCACAGAAUCUGCUGGACGAUUUUAUUUCUGUGUUUCGAAAUGUUGAACUUGUGGCGCUCUUUAUUGCUUGCUUUCUUAUGGGUACCGCGUGGGGCUACAUCGAAAGCUUCCUGUUCUGGUUGCUUCAGGACCUGGGAGCGUCUCGCUCCUUGAUGGGCAUCACCAUCACAGUGGCAGGAAUCGCUGGCUUGCCUCUGUUGGUGCUUUCUGGACCAAUCAUUAAAAAACUUGGCCAUGCUAAUGUUCUGUUCAUCGGUUUUCUCUUUUAUGCUAUUAGACUUCUUGGCUACUCGCUGAUCUACAACCCGUGGCUGUGUCUGGUGUUCGAGGCGUUGGAGUCCGUGACGUCAUCGCUGUCUUUUACGGCGGCCGUCACAUACGCAGCAAGCCUGUCGUCCACCACCACUGACACCUCCGUACAAGGACUACUGGGAGGAAUAUACUACGGAGUUGGCAAAGGAUCAGGCAGUCUUAUCGGGGGUUACUUGAUGAAAUUCUUCGGAACAAGACCUACAUAUCAACUUUUCGCUGCUGCAAUGUUUGUCACCGGUUGUCUCUACUACCUAUUCAAUCAGUUUUAUAUCCGAAAGAGAACUAAACUGAUCGACGAGAGCGACAUCUGUAAAAAGAAGCCUUCGUUAGACAUUGAGGGUCGCGAUGCAAGUCAUGAAAUUACAAACAAGGAGACUGAAAAAAUGAAUACGCCGCUAGAUGUCGCCACUAAGACUGAAGUUAAGAAUUGUGACACUGAAACAAACGUCGACUCAAAUAAGCCUAAAAGCCCUAAACUUCUGAUAGUACCGGAAAGUACAGAUGGCAGUAGCGACUCUGGAUUUGAUAAUCCUGCGUAUAAUGAGAACGAUAGCGAAAAUUCUGUGGAUGACGUUAAAAAAAACGACAAACCUAGUGUUUGAUAUCAUGUGAUAAAUAAGUAUUAUGUUAGGACUACAAUUAAUUAGCUUACUGAGAUAUCAUAAGUGUAAAAUAUUGUAUAAAUCGUAUGUUUAUAUUUAUUAUUAUUAAAGAACUUUCUAAAAGAUG